UUGAUAUAAUAAUAUAUUGUUAAAAUUCUUUAUUAUUGCUCUAAUGUCUGCAGAGGAUUCAUGCAAUCUAGAAUGUAUCAAAGAUACAGUUCCCGUUAAGGAGUUUGUGGGGCCCGUGAAGAUAGUUCUGGUAGAUAUACCCAAAGCUGAAUAUAGGAAGAGGCUCUGGUACGCAGCCUGUAUCACCUUGGCCAAUAUGUUUAUGGGAGCAACCACAUUCACCAUUCUUUGUUACACUUUGUGUUUUAAAGGAGAAAUUCACAAUAUUUUGCAUAUAGCUUUAUGUACAAUUGGGUACCAGCUGUUGAUUCCAUCAGGAAUAUUGAUCCUAAACUACCUACACGGUGCAGCGGUCCCCCAGAAAGUAUCUGGUAGGAAGGGUGAACACAUGUUCAUACAGUUCUGCGGGCUGGCGUGUGCUGGAGCCGGUACAGCCAUCGUUGUCUUAUUGGCAGGAUUUAACUUCACCACACAUUCUAUGGCUGGGUUGGCAGCAGGCGGUCUGGCUGCACUUACUGCUCUGACCGGUCCACUGGCAUACCUUGGUACAGAAGACAGUUCUUGCAGCAGCAUAAUCCGAGGAAUUCACGUAAUCCUCGGCGUACCUGCAUUCGUGGCAUCAUCAGUUUGUUUCAUUCUCGGGAUCCGUAAAGAAGUCUUUGCUAAUUGGGUUCCACUGCCGGAUAUGGUCAAUUUAUUAACUAUAUUUUGCGCUUUUUAUACUUUAGUGAUAAUUUUGAAACCCUUGCAGACAUUAUUUUCAAAAAAAGAUAAAACACCGGAGGUUGACGCACGUGCUCCAUCAGAUAUGUGCUGUGACGAGCGUCACAGUCAGAAAUACGCUUUUAUGCUUUCUCAAGCGGACCUUGCGCUUUAUUUGGCGCACGACAUCUCAAGAUGCUGCAUACGAGCAUCGUUGGAAAUAGAAUUUGAAACAAAUGUGUUUCACAUCAUUUUCAAAGAAGCACAGAAGGAUCAAAGAUGUAUAGAGAAGAUGUUGUACUUAUAUGGAUUGGCAAGCCAAAGCUAUCGAUACAAAUUUAGGUGCCUUUCCAUGGACACAUGGAUCUAUGGCUUUUAUGCCAUGCCAUGCCAUGUCCUCCAGACCAUGGCAAGUUCUACGAAUAGAACCAGCCACCGAAAUACAGAGAAGCUGUUAGUGGACGACGUUGCGGCAGCGUAA